AUGGAUGUCGUUCAAUUUUUGGAUAAGAAGGCUCAAGAAGUCUGGUUGUGGCGUUAUACCCUCGUUUCUACUCUAUGUUUCGUAGUAUACGAGCAUUUGAUAACUAUUGAUGCAGAAAUAAACACCAUUUUGCCGUCAAAGCUUUCGCUGCCGAAAAUCCUCUUCUUCCUCAAUCGCUACUUGCCGUUGGUUACGGCUGCAAUCUCAGUACACAUGCUCGUCAUCACCGUUGACUGUACGAGACUGUUAUACGCAACCAGCUACUUGGCAUGCUCAUGCUAUCUUUUUGCCGAAGCGCCAGCAACCCUCCUUAUUAGGGUAUACGCGAUUUGGGAACGCAAACGAUCGAUGUUGAUUUUCUUGUCUAUGAUUUUUGCAGUAAGGCCAUCCUCGCGCGAUAUUCUUUCUCCUAAUAACUAUUCUCUCAAGUGUGCAGUGGCAGGAGUUUAUUCUAUAACAAAGUUAUUCCUUUCCUCAGCCAGCGCUUCACCGAUCCGUCUCUUGGACACCGGAUGUUUCGUGAUAACUACAAGUCGAAUAGAGUGGGCAGCAGUAGCCAUUCUAAUUUGCUGCGAGACAGCUGCUUUAACUCUCCUGUUAGCCGGGAAUUACUUUAAGUAUAGGAACAACGGGCCUGCAAAUGUGAUCAUGAAAAGGAUGAUGACAGAUGGGGCAAUGUACUACCUGGUUAUCCUUCUGAGUUCGACUGUAAAUCUUCUUGCACUUCGAUUCGAAGAUGAUACCCUGGACUGCAUUUUCCUUGUACCACAGAGUAUUUUGCACAGCAUCCUCUGUAAUCGACUCCUCUUGCGUAUCCGCGAGGCGGGCGACUCAGCUAAAGUUAACAUUCGCGUAUCUCAGAUGGUAUUUUAGGCCUGGAACAUGCUUCAGCUUCGGUUUGGGCUAGUACUGUAUAGGCAUAUAUUUUCCUUGCCAACUGCAAGCAAACAUUGAUGGACAGCUUUUCUUGGUCAAUAUAACUUACCCUCCUUCUAUGCAGGGAAAGCUCGCUUGCCGUUUGUAGCAUCCGUCCCUUGUCAACCGAAAGGUUGUCAUUUGCGAUACAUCAUUUCCAAAUUGGCAUUUAUUGAAGCGCAACAGCUUGUAAUAUUGCUCGGAUUGUUGACUAAGUUUCUCUGGCCACUGACAAUACAAUGCUAAGUUCAAGUGGUUCUAAGCAUGGUACUGAAGUAAGCCCUGACUACAACUCGCUUUAUGUUUCUCCAGUCACAGACAAUCAGAUCCGUUCGUGCCUUUGAGGCUUCACAGACCAUAGGGCUUCUGAGUCUCGAUUUGAUCCCC